UGACAAGCUUGGCCAAAAACUCUUCCCUCGAAAUUCACACUAUUCUCCCACCCUUUACUUCACUUUAGGUCAAGACGUCAAGUACAUUCGCAGCCGGCCGACAGCCACAACGACGGCGCUUACCAUCACCGCCGUUCGUCUUCGCGUCGCUACUUCGUGGACUCAACGGCCGUCGAGGCACGAUUCCUCUUCAAAACUGCUGCCCCACCUUCGCGAUUAACUUCUAAUUGGCCGAAGAGGCUAGGUAUGGCGUGGUGGAAAGGCAUUGAUGAAACUCGUCUCCUCGUUGCACCAGAUCCUGCUGGAAAUGAAACCGGCUCGGGGUGUUUGUUAUCACUUCGGCAUCCAAAAUCAGGGAACAAGGCUUGCUAUCGUCUUGCUAGUGGAGGACUCCAAGAACUUCACUUGUUCAAGCAGUCGUAUAGAUCUUGGUUUCUGGGAGAUUAUGUUUGUGAAGACGGGGGCAUAUAUUUUGCCACCUCAGUUGAUCCAGUCUUCAUUUUGUUGCCCAUUUUUGAGGAGGCUAGGAUGAAGAAAGGGGAUGAUCUCGGAAAGUUCAGGCCAUUAGAUGAGAUCAUAUUCAUUGAUGGCUAUCCUGGAUAUCAUCAGUUAAUGUCAAUUGCAGAAAACUGUAUGGGAGUAGUUUGUGAAAUCAAAGCAAUUGGAUCUUCAAAGUUCUUUCGACUAGAUGAUUCAAAAGUCUUAGCUUGGCUGCACUGCAAGGUCUCCCAACUAAAACAGACUUUUCCAUCGCUGGAUGAAAAGUAUGCCUCAAUGGACGAGCAGACUACAUGUAACUAUCAGAUACAACUUAUCCCAUUGUUGAUCCUAUUGAUUGAUGUCUCUCUCAGUUCGCUUUUCAGAUGUAGCAUUUUUCAGGUCAUCCAUAUCAGUGUCUUUUUGUGGCACUUAUUAGACAUAGAUAAAAUAUAUCAUUAUGUUGGUAAUGUCUUCAGGCCUUUCUUUUGGUUUUGGAUAUAUCUUCACAAGAGAGGAGGGGUGGGUCUAUUUCACUUUGCCUAAACAGUAGUUAUAUAGAAGAUCAUAUAACGAUGUUUUCCCUUCGACAGCAUAUUUUGCUGGUCUUGAGUUUGUGUCUGAUGUGCUCAACACUAGUGCAAAUGUCAAACCCAAUCCUUUUUUUUUCCUUUCGACAUUUACUUUCUCGAGAAGCCGACUUGGCUUGUUAAAAUGGAGCUGUUUACUUUGCUGGUGCAGUAUCUGAAUCAGUUAAGAUAGUGGGGGAGUACGUGAAGGAUGAGCCUUGGUUGAAGCUCUUGUGCAAACGAUUGAAGAUAGAUUUGAUGGAGUCGACGAAAACAGGGCCGGAUUUUGAGAGUUCUCUAGCCAGUAAAGAAAGCAAGCUACUGCAGCAGAGAUGUGACUCCUUCCAGGAGGGGAGUGGCAACAAAGCGAAGAGAGGUGGAAAGCAGGCGAAGAAGCCUAAGUUGGAGACGCAAUCCCGAAACAUCAAAGAUAUGUUCUCCAAGAAGAAAAGCUAAUGACUGGUUUUUUCCUGAAGUCUCGUGUAAUGUGUAAAAUGCAGCAUCUCGUGUCGACUUCUGCUAAUUGGUUUAUACGAGACAUAGAGCUAAGUGACACAGCCAGCGCCCAGCAGUGAUGGUGAAGUUCCG